AUGGGCCACUCAAGUUCGGUGGGCUUCCCUGCAUAUCACUCCAUCUCACUGCUUCUCCGCUUUUUGUGCGUGGCCAUAGCUAUGGGCAACGACCAGAGCUGCUGCCGGCAGCAGGCAGAAACAGAGAUGGAGACCGUUAAAGUCCAGGCAAUCGUCACUGAGCAGGAAGAUGAGGAUGUCGGACGCCUCGACGUAAAGACAGGGGCCGAGGACCCACGAGUGGACCCAACGAGUUGGGAGGAGCCACGUGGUCAAGCAGAAGCUGGCAAGGUCCGGCAUGAGAUGUCCUUGGAGGGUAACACGCGGCAGUCCUCUGCCCUGAGUCUCAGCCUUGACCCCGAGAUGCUGCGGAGCGUCCGGCUCCGAUCGACCCUGAAAGGUGGCGGUCGUCUCUGGCGAAGCUCCCCCAUCGACAUGCAGAAGGAGCAGAGACUCCAACUCUGGGAGCAAUCCGAGCCUACCGAAGAGAUCGACGUCUUCUUCUCGCACACCUGGCAGACGGCCGGGCACUGGAAGUACUUGGCUCUUCUCUUUGAGACUGGGAGUUCCUGCUCCCUGGCAGCCUGGGCCGUGGUGAGCUCAACGAUGACGCUGCUCUGCUGUCUGGGAGUUGUCCCUUUGCCUUUUGGGCCCACCACCCGGGUCUUAAAAUUCGAGGCCGUGACUCCGAUGGGUCCUUGGAUCAUCCUUUCUGGCAUGGUGGCUUCACUUCUUGGGUUGAUCGCCUCGCCUCAUGCGCCUGGCUUGCUACGGCGAGACGAGUCUUGCUUUCUGGACAAGGUCUGCAUCCAUCAGGAAGAUCCAGACUUGACGCGCCGUGGUGUGUAUGGCCUUGGAGUUUAUUUGAGAAUGUCCAAAGAGCUGCGUGUGCUUUGGAGCUCGCCGUACUUCACCAGGCUGUGGUGUGUCUUCGAGAUCGCAGCUUUUGCGGCCCUGAACUCUUCGGGAAGGGUGGUGCUGGCUCCUGUCUUCAUGGGAUGGAUGCAGGUUUUGCUGCUUCUCUGCUCCUACUUUCUUUCCGUGGUGAUGUGGCUGGUCACGAUUGCAGACAGCGUCAAUCUCUCUGCGUACUUCGUCGCAAUAUCCCCUCUCUGUUUCGUCACACAUGCGCUGCGCAGGAGUUUCUAUUUGAGGCAGCUAGUGGUUCUGGAACUGGAAAACUUUGAAUUAAAUGCUGCUGACUGCAGUGUUGCAGCAGACAGGGACUUUGUGCACGAGGCCAUCAUUGCCUGGUAUGGUAGCACGAAUGCCUUUACGCAGUACGUCCGUGGAGAUCUCCGAAAGGAGCUCUUGAAGACAAGAACAAAUGUGCCGAGAAUCUACGUCGCAUUGCUAGCUACUGCACCCUUAAGCGCAAGCCUUGAGGGCUUUGUCGGACUCUGUCGAGCAGGGGCUCCGUGGAGGUCCCUGCUGUCAUAUGUGGUGGGCCACACGCUGGGUAUUCAUCUUUGUUGGUGGUACCUGAGCAUCAGAUUUUUAUUCUACCUCUGUAACCUGCAUUGGUGGACGUGUUCCGGCAGAUGGGUCUUCGUGGACUACCUGCAGACGCUGCUAGUGUUCCUGGCUUUCAGUGCUUUUUAUUGUUUGGGAGGAAUGAUUGGAUAUCUGAGCUACUCGACCAACCUGGGUGCUGCCACAGCUUUUGCCAGCGCCAUUGAACAGCGUGAGUUCGUAGGCCUUCAGAGCCUGGUGCACCGCCAGCCGAACAUCGGCGCGGCAUGGAGAGCUGAGAGCGGAGAGAGCGGCGAAGCGGCUGAAGGAAACAUCUCGCUGAGGUUUGCAAUGGCAGGCUAUGAGCUGAGACUGCUUUCCUCUUAUGUGUUGGGCGUCACAACGCCGCAGGCGGAGUUGCACCUGAAGCCUCGCAAAGUCAAUGGGCAGUUGCAGAGGACGGCAGCAUGGAGCCUCCUUCUUCCGGCCCCUCUCGGCUCCUACGCAGCGAGCGGGGAGGGCUGGCAGUCGGUGCAGACGGGAGACUUCAGCAAGGCUGGAUCGGGGUGGCUGGAGCCACUGCUCAUCAGCCGGGCCGUACCCCCAGCUGUUCCGCGUAAUGUCACCUUCGUUCCCAUGAGCAGAUGCCAAGAGGACCCUUGCGCGGACUGCCAGUGGACAGAUUGGGAGGCGUGGUCACCCUGUUCAGUCUCAUGCUCCGGCGGCAAGCGCAGCCGUCGCCGGGCCGUGAAAGUACAGGCGGAAGGCGAUGGUCAAGAAUGCAUCGGCAACUCCACUCAGACCGAGGACUGCGGCGAAGCCGCCUGCCCCGUGGACUGUGAGGUUAGCGAGUGGACCACCUGGACUCCUUGCGCGCCGUUCUGCCAUGGCACAACGAACCGAAGCCGCAGCGUCCACCGGCAAGCUGCCAACGGCGGCCUGGCCUGCGGCAACCUGUCUGAGGUGAAGUCCUGCACAAACUUCUGCAUGGACUGCAAGCUCUCGGAUUGGAGCGAAUGGAGCAUCUGCACUCGGAGCUGCGCAGGCGGCUCACGAUCCAGGACGCGAAAUGAAGUCUUCGUGACACGGGAACAUCCUUCCAGCUCUUUGCUGGAGCUAGGUGCCCGCAGCAGGGCCUUUGGCUAUGAGAAGAAACUGGGCCUGAGGUGUGAUGCAGGUCACCAGCGAACUCUGGAUGGGGCGGGAAAGACGCCACAAGAAGCGCAGGAAGCUUGCAGCGUGGAUCCGACCUGUGGCGGCCUCUACGAUAAAGGCUGCAACAACGGGUUGACCAUCUGCUCUGCGCCUAGCUCCACUCCACAUUCGGCACCAGAUUCCUACAGCUGUGAUGUCGGCAUGCUCCUAGAGCCCGAAGAGAAGUCGUGCUCCUAUGUCAAGAAGGAGAUUGGCGAGGGUGUGCCUUGCACCGGCGAGAUCAGCGAAAAGGAGGAGUGCAGCACACAAGCUUGUCCAGUAGACUGCCGCCAGUCCGAGUGGACGGAUUGGACAGAGUGCUCCCCAUGGUGCUCCGGAACCUCGAAGAGGACGCGCACCACCACUCGGGAGCCCGCGAACGGGGGUGUGGCCUGUGGUAGCGUUGCCGAGGUGCAGAACUGCACGAAUGUCUGUGUGGAUUGCGAGUGGGGGAGUUGGGUGGCCUGGUCAAACUGCCCUGUGAGUUGUGGUGGAGCGAAGCAGAAACGCAGCCGCAACGUGUUGGUGCAGCAAGCGGGUAGGGGAAAGCCCUGCCAAGGCAACUCUUCGGAGGUGCGUGGCUGUGGAGAACUCGCAUGUCCGGUGGACUGCAGCAUGGAGGACUGGACGGACUGGACAAGCUGCACUCCGUACUGCAAGGGGAGUCAGUCCAGAACUCGCAGCAUUCUUGUUGACCCCGCAAAUGGUGGAAAAGCUUGCGGCGAAACGUCCCUGGUCGUGAACUGCAGCAACGCCUGCGUGGAUUGUCAGGUUUCCGACUGGUCGGCUUGGUCCCCCUGCUCGGUGAGCUGCGGGAGCGGCCAGCAGUCGAGGAAGCGGGUGGUCUUGGUCGAGCCCGAAGGCCAGGGUGCCCCUUGCCCAGCGGACUUGCUGGACGAGAAAGAGGGCUGCAAUGCGACUGAAUGCCCUGUUGAUUGUGCAUGGCAAGAUUGGGCUCCAUGGAACGGCUGCCCAGCGACUUGUGGCGGUGCCAUUCAGAAUCGAACCCGAGGCAAGAUCGAAGAAAAGUUUGGUGGUGUGCCCUGCGAAGGGGAAGCCCUCGAGCAAGGCUCUUGCGCAGAGCUGGUGUGUCCGCAGGACUGCCUCUGGUCAGAGUGGGAAGCCUGGGGCAACUGCACCAAGCUCUGCGGCGGCGGGAAGCAGUCGCGCUACCGAUACAUAAAGCAAGAUGUGAUGGGAGAGGGCACCAACUGCACCGGUUCGGCCCACGAUGAGCGGUCUUGCAACGAGGAUGCCUGCCCCAAGGAUUGCGAGUUUUUGGAUUGGGACGAAUGGAGCACCUGUUCUGUCACCUGUGGGGCUGGUGGCAACAGGACUCGGUCCCGGAAGGUGGAUGCUGAGAUCAACGGCGGUGCGUCCUGUGACCCCGCGGUACCGCUCCAGGAAACCGUUGAGUGUGGCACUUCCGGCUGCCCUCGGGACUGUGCUUGGGGCGACUGGGGCACCUGGACCAACUGUAGCAAAACCUGCGGCUUGGGUCUGAACGCCGGUAUCACUACGCGCCAUCGGGUGCAAGCCAUCACUGCGGCCUUUGGAGGGAAGGCCUGUGAGGGCAAGACGGUUCACACUACCCGCUGCAACGAGGUUCUUUGUCCCGUAAACUGCGAAUGGGAACCCUGGACUGCAUGGACGGAAUGCGUGAUGCCCUGUGGUAGCAAUGGGACGAGGCAAAGGUCACGUGGAAAGAUUCCACCCGCACAUGGCGGAGAGGAUUGCGUGGGGGACUCCACGGAGACCUCGGCCUGUACCGUGCUGGGCGGCUGCUCCGUGAACUGCACCUGGGAGGACUGGAACGAGUGGACUGCCUGUUCGGCAUCCUGCGGAGAGGGGAGUCGAGUCAGGUUUCGCUUCGUAGCUGACGAGGCCCGUGGACCACAUGGCCAGGCUUGUCAUGGCCAACCCCAGGAGGACGAGUAUUGCAACCCUGGCAAUGCAUGCCCGGUCGACUGUGCCUUCAACGACUGGAAGGACUGGGGUGCUUGUGAGCCCAUGCCUUGUGGGCCUGCCAAGAAGCUGCGAGCGAGGACGAAGCUGGCGGCACGCUAUGGCGGCAAGCCUUGCGAGGGCAAUGCCACAGAGGUGGAAGAGUGCACGGUUCCGGGCGGAAGAGUCAUUGAGUGCGACGAGAACGGCAAGCCCGUCACAUCGACCUCAACGACAUUUACCACCACAACUACGCUGACAACUACCACGCGGACCAAUACGACCACGACAGUCACUGCAACAAGCACGACCACUCAAACCAUCACAAACACUACCACCACUCCAAGCACCACCACGGCCGCACCCAUCGUUGUCACGACGGUGGGGCUGAACCCGGAGUCGGCUGCUGCGGCGGUUGCUGCAAAAUCGGAGGAGGCCGUCCAGGGAAGUGAAGAGUUGGAGGUGGCGGAUCCGGAGAAGUUCGUGAAGGACCCGGCAGCGAAGGAGGCCUUGAAGGAGGCCAUCGCCCAGGAGGUCGGCGUCUCUGUUGAUGCCGUAAUCAUCAAGGGCGAAACCGUGGAGCCGCAGGCCCCUGCGGUUCUCCUGCAAUCUCACGGAGGGAAGGCUCGUCGGAGAGAGACUCCCAGUGGUCGCGUCAACGUUAGCUAUGAGAUUGUCCCACAGAUGAGUGGCAAGACGGUUGACGAAGUCAUGGACAAGAUGGAGCAUUUGGAUCCUCAAGAGGUGGCCGAAGUCCACGAGAAGAGCCUCUUGAGAAACAACGCCGCAAAGUACAGUGUCAAG